CGUCGUUUCUUCCUGGGGGAACAAUACCAGCGACGCAACUUCCUCAACAUGGCAGCUUCCUCUUCCGCCGAAAACUCGGAGACCCGCCGCGCUUCCUCCCGCAUCGCUGCGCGUGGUCCUACAACUGCUCCCGCUGCUAUCGCUCCUUCCUCGACUGCUGCAUCGGCGACCAAGGCUCCCACCAGCGCCUCGAAGAAGCGGUCCGCCGAAGAGUCGGCCGCGCCGACCUCAUCUAAGAAGAAGACGCCUGCUGCUACUGCUGCCUCCGCUGGAGGUGACUCUAGCAUUGAAAAUGCAAGCGCAUCGAAAGCGGCAAAGAAGGGAGGGCCGCUCCAAGUCGGCGAAAAGCUUCCGGCCGUGAAGCUCCAGACGCAAUCAGGUGCCUCGAUCGAUGCUGCCUCGCUCAAGUCUGCCGUCCUCUUCACCUACCCGAAAGCCAACACGCCCGGUUGUACGACGCAGGCCUGCGCUUACCGCGAUGCACACGCCUCCUUUUCCAGUCACACCGUGUACGGCCUCUCCAACGAUUCGCCCAAGAGCCUGGCUUCAUGGAAGGACAAAAAGUCGCUUCCGUACGACCUGCUCUCGGACCCCAAGCGAGAGCUCAUCAAGGCCUUGACUGGGUCCGAUGCAAAGACUGUCCGGAGUCACUUUGUCAUCGACGAUCAGGGAAAGCUGGCCUACUCGAGUAUCCAGGUCAAGCCAGUUGAUUCAGCUUCGGACGCUUUGGCUUUCAUUGAAAAAGCCAAGAAGUAGUGCUCUUCAGCUUUGCCCCACAAGCCUCAUGACCUUUAAGCUAAAUUUCAUCUUCAUCAUCGUCAUCAUCAUCAUCAUCGCUGUUCAAGACAUGAAGAAUAAGGAAACCCCUCUACGAUUU